CUUCAUCACGCGUCGCUCAUUGGCCAAGCGACUGCGACAUUUUAAUAAACGGACGAGAAAAAUUUACAAAUUUUACUUUGGUUUCUCUUUCUACUUUUGCAUCUUCUCUAUUUUCUUAAAAAAAAAUAUUAUCACAAUUUAAAUAUUUAAAAAAUAAAAAGAAAUAUCAAUCGUAUUUUUAAAUUUAUUUCAAUAUAACAAAUCCAACCAACAAUAAAUGUGAAUGAAAAUAAAAGUUAAACCCAAUUUGACAAAAAGUGUAAGAAAUUUUCGCGCUAUUCCCGCACAACACACAAGAGGGAUACCGAAAAUCGGGUUGAGAAAUAAAAUAAAAUAAAAGCAAAGAAAAACCAUUUAUAGUGUUUUUAAAAACAAAGUUGCACCUUAAACUUUAUCCAGAAUUCAACAAUCAUGGUUGGAAUAGAUCCUUCCGAUAUCGGAAAACAUCAAAAGCUGAUAAAAAUCGCUCAAGAAGAUAUGUCACAAAUCGAUGUACUCGUUUGUGGUCGAUGCUUAGGCGUCUUUCAUUUCGUUGAAGAAUUCAAAGACCACAAACGAUUUUCAUGUGACAAAGAGACACAAAUUCGUGAUGGUCCAGAUACGAAACCCAAAAUCUGGGCAUUCUUGCUUUGGAAAGCCACUCAAAUAAAUAACAAAGAUAACAACAACAGUAGCAACAAUAGUAGCUUCAACAGUACUCUGAACAGCAGCAAUAAUCAACAAAAUUCAUGGGCACUCUAUCAAACAUGGGUUAAAAUGGAAGAAAGUAUUCGCGAGACAUGGAUUGUAGCGGGAAAAACGAUACAAUCCUUUGCUAAGAUGGGUCAUGGUGGGCUUCAAGAGAUGCCAGUUAAAAUAACAAAAACCGUCGUUGAUAAUGCUUCGAAUCCAUCUACGGAAGCUAAAAAACCACAAAUUCCACAAGCCAAACAAAUUCUAACCAACACCAAGGUCCCGAUAAUAACAAAAAAACAACACGAAGAAGAAGGCAAUGAUCUCUCGCCGAUUCGUAAUGCGGUUGUGAAAAAACCACCACUGCCAGUUCAGCAGAUCCCUAGUAAAUUGGUUACCAGUACACCCAUUCAACGUGCACCUUUAAUUAGUCGUCGUGCCAAGCGAACCAUUCCCAAUGCAAAUGGAGAAACAGAAGAUGAAAUCGUUGAGAAAAUUGUCGCCAAACGUUUUAAUCCCCGGAGAAAAAUGCAUGAGUACUUGGUCAAGUGGGAAUCGUGUUCGCAUGAGCACAAUACUUGGGAACCGCAGGUUCACUUGGAGAAUGUUCCACAAAUCUUGGAAACCUUCGAAAAACAACUUGCCCGUCAAAAAGAGCAACGAGCCGCACAACAGGCUAAGCAACAGGCAGCCAGUCUCGCUGCCGCCAUCAAAGUGGUGGACUUGAAGAAAGAUGUCAUAAAAGAUCCGAAUAAAAUAGAAGAGACAACCAAAAUGAAUUUAUCAUCGCCCGGAAGUGAUUCAAGUCGAUUGUCGAGAACGUCCAAAAACAAGGCUAUGGAUCAAGUGAAACAGUGGUGUGCCGAUGAACCAGUGGAGAAUAAUGCCCCAGCAGGUGGUGUAGCAAAUGUACAAACGAACACCCCACAGCCCAUGCAAGCUGCACAUCCCGUCUUACAAACAAGUAAUUUCGGUGCUGGAAGCAUCCCGGCUUUGAAGAGAAAGCUGGACGAUAGUGAUUUCGAUGAAUCAGCGAUGAUUGGCGACGAGGACUUGGAGGAGGACCUCAUCCCGUCGCACACGGUGAAAAGAAUGAAAAAUGGCGACACCGUCUCGGUGAGGGUUGAGACGAAAAAUGAGCGUGCUGUUGAGUCGAAAAUAAUAAAAGUCAAUGGAAGCAUGAAGAACACAAGCGCAACAGAACAGUUUUCAGCUGAUGUGAUCAUCACUCAAGACACCAACACUUCUGGAGUUGUCAAAAAGGCUGGCUUCAAUGGGACAACAUCAACAAAUGCUUCACCAAAAACUGAAGCUCACAUUCGCGUUGUUUCGAAGGGAGAAACAAAUAGCGGAAUUGUCCGAAUGGGUAGCGAAGUUGCUGCAUCCUUAACUUCAAAUGUAAAUGAAAAUGGCCCCGUUCAACACAACAACCAAGUCACCACGCAAACUUCGAAUACAAUUAUGACUCCAAUUCAUCGUCCUCAAGUUAAUAAAACCCUGACUUCUAAUCCCCUGUCAAAUAUUGGAAACAUUCAAAUAACGCAGGUCCAACAAUCGAACAUGGCUAGAAGCUCGAGUCCACGACUUAUAAAUAGUCAAACGACAAUUGCACGUACCGCACCAUCUGUAACGUAUCAUCAACAGCAACAGCAGCAACAACAGACCCGAAUUCAAGCGGGAACACCCAAAACAGUGCAGACAAAUACUCGUGUGCUCCAAAGUCAACCACGAACGGCGACCAUUGCUCAAAGAAAAUCCCAAUCGCCAGGCAUUCAACAGACAUCGCCAACGUCUGGAAAAAUGAUUAUUCCUCGAGGCAAGGUAGCACCUGGUGGAAACACACAACAACAACAGCAGCAACAACAUCAACAACAAUCAGCAGUUGCCCGUACUCAAACUCCAGAGCAAAAGAUUCUGCAACUCUCGAAAUCUGGUGACUUGAAAGUGACAAAGAAAGUUAUGUCGAAGGAAACUACUUCGAAACAACAACAAGUCCUUGCCAGGCACCAAUCACAGGUUCAGAUACAGAAAGUCCAACAAAUUGCGCCACCCAUGCGACAUGUCGGGGCGCCGAAACAGAAGCAGUCUCAGGUGAAGACGGCGGUGAUGGAUGUUUCGUCAUUUAACCAUGAGGAACACCAGCAGCAGGCCUUGUGUCCUAUCACUGGUAAAAUACUUGGACAGGUAGAAGGAACGGAAAUCCACGAGGAGCAACACCAUCAAAUCGCAACAAUGCAAUCGGGCGUUCUGCAAACGCAGCUGCUCACGACCGCCGAUCAGCAACACGAACAGGGCGACUUCCAGGAAAUGGAGCAAUCUGGCAAUCUUUUACAGCUUGCUGAUCAGCAACUCAUGACCAACGAAGAUGGCUCACCAUUGCUUGUUACAGGGGAGGACGGCACCGUCUAUCAAGUGGCCGGCAAAAAUGCCGAGGGACAAACGAUACUUGUUGCUCAAGGGGCUGAUGGGGAACAGCAAUUCGCGUAUGUAGCUGCCGCCGAGGGUGACGAGAACAAUGUUCUCACGCUAGAUAAUGCUGUGGCCGAAGCUGUAGCACAACUAUCACCCGAACAACAAGCUGAAGCGCUGGCCGCCGCUGCUGCUGAAUCUGGCCAGUACAUUUUGAAACAAGAUGAUGGCACCACAGGCGAAUUGGUUAGUAUGAGCGAAGCAAACGAAAUGAAUCCCGCGCAACAAGGUCAACUGUGCAUUCAGACAGGCAGCGAAAGUGGCGAAUCACAAGAUCAAAAUAUACCCGCUGAAGUUGUUCAAGCUGAUCUCCCAUCACCUGGCGGAACAAGACGCGUCGUUCUAUUACUGCAAGAUGGUACGUUUAUGAUAACUCAAAUGCAGGACGAUGAAUACAAGUCUCUUAAUAUAGCGUCAUAAUGUAACUAGGUGUCACUUUUAUCAUGUAACUUAAGUAGGUUUAUAAUAAUUUAAACAUUUAAGUAUCGUGUUAGAUCCCAUUUCUUCCUGCUUCUCCCAGAUAUAGUAGACGAUAGAUAGAUAUGCACCCACAACCACUACUAUACCACAUUAUAUACCUUCCUUUUGUUUUAUACCUUGUUUUUUGUCUCACUCCCUUUUCAUUAAUUAUAUACUGCAAGCCCUUUAGACUCUUUCGCUGGACAAAACAUUUUUGUUGUAUAUAUUUAUGUUGGCGAAAGAGUCUCGAGUAGUCUUGAGUCUGUUCGAAGAAGAACGCUUCUUUUAAGAUUCAUUUUAUUUUAUUCUUUUCAAAAAGUAAAUAAUGCCUUUCGCGUUUCUUAUAUCCCAAAAAAAAAACAAAAGCUCUGAUUUACCCAAAUUUAUAAUGGGUAAGCAAAUCAAGUUUAUAUAAGUAUAUUAAUUUUGUUUUUCUUUUAAAACAUCUUCUUUCAAGACUAAAUAUUAAUUAUAAUUGACCGCGAAAUUAUAAUAUUUUUUUUUAAUUAUAUUAACUAAAAAACAAAACAAAGUUUUCCCUGUUUUCAUUCAAUUGAAAUAUUUGAACAAAAAGAAAAAAGAACGCAAUUCAAGAUUUAUAUAAAAAUUGUUUUAUUUUUUUUUUUGAAAUUUAGAUUAAAUCGAUUUUUAUUAAAUAAAAAAAAAACAACAAGAUAAUGGAAAAUUUAACUGUUUAACAUUCAUCGUUAAAUAAAAAAUAUAUAUAUAUAUAUUAAUGUAUAAUUCUAAAGUAAGAAAUAAAAGAAUAUUAAUAAAAAGAAAAACAACAAUGUAUUGAUGAA